UUCUGUUUUUCUCAAGCUAAAGCUACAGUACACAAUAAGAAGUGCUGGGAAAAUAUUGCCUUCUACAGCUGACCCAGAAAGAAUACAAUCUAUCCAACAAUCAGGCAAAAAAGAUGGUGGUAGCUAAGUUAUGGACUAUGGUGAGACACUUUGAAGGUGCACCAAAACCUGAGGAUUUUAAGUUGGAGAAUAAGGAACUACCGCCCCUAAAAGAUGGAGAAUUACUGCUGGAAUCUGAGUUCUUGAGUGUUGACCCAUACAUAAGGCCAUACAGUAAAGAGAAGAAGGAGGGAGAUAUUAUUCUUGGGUCACAAGUCGCCAGGGUGGUGGAGAGCAAGAAUUCUGCCUUCCCAGUAGGUGGUUAUUAUGUUGCCUAUGCAGGAUGGGCAACACAUUUCAUAUCAGAUGGCAAAGGACUUGAUGCUUUACCCUCAAACUGGCCUGACAAUCUACCCAGAUCAUUGGCACUGGGAGCUGUAGGCAUGCCAGGUGUAACCGCUUAUUAUGGCCUGUUGGAAAUCUGCAAACCGAAAGAAGGGGAGGUAGUCCUUGUUAAUGCUGCUGCAGGUGCUGUUGGCUCCCUUGUUGGCCAAAUUGCAAAGAUCAAAGGCUGCAAAGUAGUUGGGUCUGCUGGCUCAGAUGAAAAGCUAACCUUUUUAAAAGAGAUAGGAUUUGAUGAAGCAUUUAACUACAAGACUGCAAGCUCCUUGGCAGAAGCACUGAAAAAUGCCUCUCCGGAAGGAUAUGACUGCUACUUUGACAAUGUUGGGGGAAAGUUUUCAGAUGCCACCCUGCAGCAAAUGAAAGAUUUUGGAAGAAUCACUGUGUGUGGUGCCAUUUCCCAGUAUAAUGAUGCUGUGCCUCCGACAGGGCCCUAUAUUCAACCCUAUAUCCUCUUCAAACAACUCCUUGUGCAAGGUUUUCUUGUGUGGACGUGGAAAAAUCGAUACACAGAAGCACAGAAACAGCUCUUGCAGUGGAUUGCAGAGGGAAAGCUGAAGUACCAUGAACACAUCACAAGUGGAUUUGAGAACAUGCCAGCAGGCUUUAUAGGGAUGCUUAAAGGAGAAAAUAUUGGCAAAGCUAUUAUUAAAGUUUAAAAAUCUAAUGGAGGGGAACAUCAGUAUGUUUCAGUUGAAGCCCCCACUACAGCCUCAUUGCAUUAGGGUGUUUUUCUGUAACUGGAAACUUUGAACAAUAAAAUAUAAUUUUCUAAGUGUAAA